UGAGCGUAUUUACGUCACGUGACGUACCCGGAACUGUAGCCACGUCGUCAGUCAUAGGAGGAAGCUUUUCAUUGACCGAAGUUACGGUACUUUACUAAUCCUUCAGUGAUGGCCCAUUUUGAGGAAGUAUCAAACCAAUCUAGUCGACACCCUAAGCCUGCAGGGUUGGUUUUGCAGUAUGGCACUGCUGGCUUCAGGACAAACGCCAAACAGCUGGACCACAUCAUGUUCAGGAUGGGACUUCUGGCCACUCUCCGCUCCAAAAAGACCAAAGCCACCAUUGGAGUCAUGAUCACUGCAUCACACAAUCCUGAGGAAGACAACGGGGUGAAGCUGAUUGACCCCAUGGGAGAGAUGGUGACACAGACAUGGGAGGGUUACGCCACUCAGCUGGCCAAUGCAGAACAGCAAGAUUUGCUCACUGUACUGAAGGACAUUAUAGAUAAGGAGGCCAUAAACGUGAGCCAGGAGGCUCACGUGUUUUUGGGCAAAGACACCAGGAGCAGCAGUGCCAGCCUUUCCCAGACAGUAUUAGAUGGAGUAUCUGCUCUUGGUGGUCACUGCAAAGACUAUGGUUUGGUGACCACGCCACAGCUCCACUAUAUGGUUUGCUGUCAGAACACACAGGGUAAAUAUGGAGAUGCCACACUGGAAGGAUACUAUAGUAAGCUUUGCCAGGCUUUCAUUCAGCUCACCAAGAAUGCAUCCAACCGUACAGAUGACCAGAAGCACCUCUCCGUGGAUGGUGCUAAUGGCAUCGGGGCCCUGAAGGUGCGUGAGAUGGAGAGACACUUGAAGAGGGAGCUGAAAAUUUCCCUCUUCAAUGAUGGCACCGAAGGAAAGCUAAAUCACCAGUGUGGGGCUGACUUUGUCAAAGUGCAGCAAAAACCUCCAACAGGUGUUAAAAUAAACCCAGGAGAGCGCUGCUGUUCCUUUGACGGAGACGCUGACCGAAUAGUUUAUUACUACACUGACUCUGAAGGCCAGUUUCACCUGCUGGAUGGAGACAAGAUUGCUACUCUUAUCAGCACUUUCCUUAAAGAGCUGCUCAUACAGGCUGGCUUAGACUUGAAGAUAGCGGUGGUACAAACCGCUUAUGCUAACGGCAGCUCAACACACUAUCUGGAGGACACGAUGAAGGUAAUAGUGAGGUGCACUAAGACUGGUGUGAAGCACCUUCACCAUGCAGCCCAGGAGUUUGACAUCGGUGUGUACUUCGAGGCCAAUGGUCACGGAACUGUGCUGUUCAGUAAGGCAGCUGAAGAGAAGAUUCAGCAACUCGCUGAGAACCCCAACAUCAGCGACGGGAAGAAGAGAGUAGCCCUCCUGCUGCAGAACACUAUCAACGUCAUCAACCAGACCAUAGGUGAUGCCAUUUCUGACAUGCUGCUGAUUGAAGCUAUAUUAGCCAUCAAAGGUAUGACUGUUCAGCAGUGGGAUGCCAUCUACGCUGACCUGCCAAACAGGCAGCUCAAAGUCAGGGUGUCAGACCGUAGGGUGAUAGACACGACUGAUGCAGAGAGACGAGCAGUGAGUCCACCAGGAAUGCAGGAGACCAUCGAUAGUUUAGUGAAGAAGUAUAGACAGGCCCGCUCCUUCGUGAGACCCUCUGGGACCGAAGAUGUGGUAAGAGUUUACGCCGAGGCAGAAACACAGGAGAGUGCCGACGCCCUCGCACAUGAAGUCAGCCUCACAGUAUAUCGCCUUGCAGGAGGAGUGGGAGAUGAACCCAAAUCGCUGCACUAGAAACACAUUCACAUAAUGCAGUAAUUUAACAAAGCUGCUUGUUUUUGGUUAAGUGACCAUAACUUGUAUCUGACACAUGGGAAAAACAAUGAAGGGAUUUAUGGUUUGUUAUUGUACCUGAAAAGGCAUGUAAAUUAUCGGUUUCUAUGUAAUAUGAAUAACCAACUAUACUGUGUAUACACUAUAUAAUAAUUAAAACACAACAUAUGUUUUGAUUCACUCUUGAUUAUAAUGUAACUUCCUACUAACAAAGUGUUUUUGAACAAUUAUGGUCAUUUCUCAGCUUUUUCAAACGGUGAAAUCAAACGUUUACAUGAGGGAGUUGUGUCACGUGGACUUCCUUGUAUGUUGGUGCAG